GGCUCGCAGUAGCCCGCCCGGAGGUCUCUGGUUCUGUGUCUUGCUUCAACAGUGUUUGGACGGAACAGACCCAGGGACUUUUUUUUUUUUUCUUUCUUUAUUUCUUUCUUUCUUUUAAUUUCCAACCGCCUUCCAGUCCCUCCAGUCGCCGCGUCCGGGACCAGCUCUCCAGCCAACACCGUCUCCUUGCGGUUAGCUCCACACUGCCCAUCAGGAUGACCUCCCAGAUCCGUCAGAAUUAUUCCACCGAGGUGGAGGCUGCGGUCAACCGCCUGGUCAACCUGCACCUGCGGGCCUCCUACACCUACCUCUCCCUGGGCUACUAUUUCGACCGGGAUGACGUGGCUCUGGAGGGCGUGGGCCACUUCUUCCGCGAGUUGGCCGAGGAGAAGCGCGAGGGCGCGGAGCGGCUGCUCAAGUUGCAGAACCAGCGCGGCGGCCGCGCGCUCUUCCAGGAUGUGCAGAAACCAGCUCAGGAUGAGUGGGGUAAAACCCAGGAGGCCAUGGAAGCUGCCUUGGCCCUGGAGAAGAACCUGAACCAGGCCCUCCUGGAUCUUCAUGCCCUCGGUUCUGCCCGCACAGACCCCCAUCUCUGUGACUUCCUGGAGAACCACUUCCUGGAUGAGGAGGUGAAGCUCAUCAAGAAGAUGGGAGACCACCUGACCAACCUCCGCAGGCUGGCUGGACCCCAGCCUUCUCAGGCUGGCGUUCCUCAGCCAUCACUGGGCGAGUAUCUGUUUGAGCGGCUCACCCUCAAGCACGACUAGGUCUCCAUGCAUUCCAGGGGGCUCCCUCCUCUGCCCUGCACUGCUGGCUCCCAGCCCUCCGCCUGAUCCUCUCCAGCCACUAGGCAGCUUUGAAACGCCCUGGAGCCCCUCCUAAGCCUUGGACCAACUGAAAAUAAAGCAUUUUUGAAACAGCA